GGAUGAAAGCGAGUGCCGUGAUGUAAGAGGCCAGUGCAGCUUCAAUUGUAAGAAAACGUGAGGUCUGCAACCGCGACACGCGGGUCUGGACUGCACGGAGCUCUGAUUUGGUGAGUGUGCUACAUCUGACGUCACCACCAGCGGGCAGAUGGGAGCUCAACCGGGCCGCCCAAGCAAAAACAUGAAAGCUGCAACUGCUACCAGCUCCGGGCAGGAGGGACGUUCGCCCUGGCUAGAAAAGGGAAGGGUGUCCAGCCAGGGCCUCCUCCCGUUUCGUCGUAAACUGCAUCCCGGCGUUUCUUGUCUUUCUUUGGUGGUCUCGUAGCAGCGCCGGUUCCAAGUAUCGCGAGAUAAUCUAUUUUUGAGACCAAAACUCCGUCGCAGUCUGCAAAAAUGCUUCGGUCUUCCCGACAAAUGGCCUUGCUGUCAGCCAAGGCCGCCGAGAUUCGCGCGGCUGCAAACCUUGCAUUGGCGCAAGACCGGGCUCGGUACCUGUCGACACUCGUAACCAAGCCCAAGGCUCCCAGAUAUCACAUUGUACCUCCGCGGUCCGUUCGACAGCUGCAAUAUUCGACGAAAAUCCCUGUUGGCGUGGACAAGGAAGGUGAGAAAGAGGUCGCCCGUCAGAAGCUCGAGGCAAACCCCGAUGCCGUAACCUCCGCCUCUACCGUCCGUGCCGUGUUUGAGCCAUCGGGUCAGGCAAGCCAAAGCGACGACGACAUCACACGGGGCCUCAAGUCCGACUUGAAAACCGUCAAGGACACGUUCGACCUCUCCAGCGUUCCUUCGCUGUCAUACAAGCUCGGUCUCGCAGGGACGCUUCCAUAUCUCGGGACCUCGCUUUCGACACUGUAUCUGGGCUGGAAUCUCAACACGCAAUGGUCGUCCAACGCGCUCUUCAACACUCUCCUGCUCAAGGACGCGACUGCGCAGAGCCUCCUCCAGCAGCUUGAGGCAAUCCAGCUAGGAUACGGCGCAGUCAUCAUCUCUUUUCUCGGAGCGAUCCACUGGGGUCUCGAGUAUGGAGCGACGACGCCAGACCCGAAGCGAACCAGAUUCCGGUAUGCUCUCGGCGUCGCCGCCCCCGCGAUCGCCUGGCCGACGCUGUUGAUGCCGGUCGAGUACGCGCUCAUCGGCCAGUUCGGCGCCUUCAUGGGUCUCUACUACUUCGACUCGCACGCGUCCACGCGCGGCUGGGCCCCGCCGUGGUAUGGCACAUACCGCUUCGUGCUCACCUUUGUCGUCGGCUCGGCCAUCAUGGUUAGCCUGAUCGGGCGGGCCCGGAUCGGUGAGGGCGGUAACAAGGAGGCCGCAGAGAGGAUCAGCGACUCGAAGCACGGAAGAACGAUCCGAGAGAUGUCGGAAUCGGAGUGGCGUAGACUCGAGGCAGAGGAGAAGGAAAGAAUCCGCAAAGAGAAGGAGGAGGCAGAACGCAAGAAGAAAGAGGAGGAGAAGAAGGAGAAGCAGAAAGAUAAAAAGCAAGGUAAGGGCGGUAAGGAUGAUAAGCAGGAUAAGGAGGGCAAGGGCAAAGAAAAGGAACAGAAGGAUGACAAGGGCAAGGAGAAGCAAGAGAAGGAUGAUAAGGCGUCCAAGGAGGACGAAAAGGCGUCCGAAGGCUCGGACGAGCCUCAGGACAAUGGUGAAAAGGGUGAUAAGGAGGAUGACGAUCAGAAGGACUGAAUGAUGGCGUGACUCCGGGUGGGUGGAGAGGGUCAGGAAAUUACACGCUCCUUGGACCCAGCCCAGCCGCCUUCCUGGGAUUGAGAUUGGAUUGAGACCGGGCACGACCCCAGCAGCUUGAGCCUGCGCACACAUGCUGUGCUGCCACUAAAGACUUACAAUUUAGCGGGCACAGCCCUGUAAUUCACUAAUUUGACCGGUAAUGUUUGCCUGCUUCAUUCAUGCCCAAAUUCCAGCCUCUCUUUGCCUAGAG